CCGAGUGGGCGUUAACCGACAUGUUAAACACUCGGAUGGAAACUUAGAAAGAAACACUGCGGUCAAGGCAGAUCUCCACCAAGAAGCAAACAUGAUUAUGCAAAAACUGAUGGUGUAUUUGUCGACAGCAUGGAUGUUGUGCUUUAUGAUAGGAGUGAACUUCAUACUCCUGAUCAUUGGUUUUAUAUCACCAAAACUCUCAAAGAAGAUAAUCCUGAAAAUGGGUGAAAAGACCACGAUGACUCAGAAUCCCAACUUUAAGUUUGAAGACUGGGGCCAUACGUUCUGCUCAUUACAAUUCAUCAAAACAGCAGCUCAGCACAUAUGGUUGUCGCUAGGACAAGAAGCUUUUGUGGGAGGAGAAGCUCCGGACUCACCUGUGGUCACCAUGGAGGGAGCCAAGUCAAGUGUUUGCAAGUUCUUGAAAGGCAACAGACCGCUGGUGCUGAGUUUCGGGAGUUGCACCUGACCCCCGUUUAUCUUCAAACUUGAGGAGUUCAAGCAACUCGUCAAGGACUUCAGUGAUGUAGCUGACUUUCUUGUUAUUUAUAUCGCUGAGGCCCAUUCAUCAGAUGGUUGGGCCUUUACCAACAACUAUGAUAUCAACCAGCACCAGAGCGUGGAGGACAGGCUCUCUGCAGCACGGAUCCUGCUUCAGAAGGAGCCCCUUUGUCCUGUGGUUGUGGAUGAAAUGGACAAUGUCGCUGCCACAAAGUACGGUGCUCUACCUGAGAGGCUUUACAUUUUGCAGGCUGGGAAAGUUGUCUACAAGGGUGUUGUGGGUCCUUGGGGCUACAAUCCAAUGGAGGUGCGUUCAUUCCUGGAGAAGAUGAAGUAAGGAUUCCAGUUGGGUCAUGUUUUUUCCACCAUGUUGUUUUUAUGUGAAGAGGUCUCUUGAGUUCAAGAGGGGAUGAUAUUGCUGACAUAACAGAAUACCAUACUGCUUGUAUGUUUACUUAAGAAUUUCAUCAAUAUACUGUCACAUCUGCAUGUAGUUUUUCAGCUGUUCUCUAUCAUUUCUUACAUCAGCAACAAGUAGAAAUAUCAAAAACUGUCCACUAAUGUUCAGACUCUCCUGUACAAUGAAAAUGUAUCUUAACUGACAACCUCUGAACUGGAGCUCAGCGCUCAGUGUUUCGUAGUGACGGCUACAGUUUAAACCGUUGGCCUCUGUAGCCUGAUGAAGUUAAACACGGAGACACUCCAGUGAAAAGCUUGUCUUUGAGAUUUCUGAGCAUGCACAGAAGAUGCAUUAACAUUAGCUUCCACAGUUUGAAAGGCUCUAAGAUGUAAGGUAAUGACAACACUUAUUUUCCACUUUCCUCUCGCAGGUUCAGUCAUAAUUAUCAUUUGCAUUGUAAACUCUAUGAACUAAUGUAGUCUUUGGUUGUUUGUGAAUGCUCUGAGGUUAUUUCGCUGGAGGCUGCUUUUUACAUGAUGAUUACAGUGCAAACCUUGGAAACUGUGGUCUGAUGGAAGAUAAUAGAAAGUAAGCCUUCUCUUAAUUAUGUGAGAGCAUUCAUAGUUUGACUAAGAUAUACUAAGCAUCUUUUUUUAACAGUCUGCAUUAUCUUUAAAUGUUCUUCUGUUACAAUCAAAUUCUGCUUUGUAGUAUAAUAAAGAAUAACCCAAAGAG